AAGAGAGAGAAGAGAGGAGAGAGAAGAGAGGAGGAGAGGAAGAAAAAAAAUAAUAAACCCCCGGCUUCAUGUUUGUACGGAACGGGGAGAGAGCGCGAGAGGAGCCGCGAGACGACGGGCUGCGGCGGGGCGCCGCGUCGGUGCGCCCCGGUGCACCUGAGCCGCAAGUACCCCCCCCCCACCACACACACACACACACACACACACACACACACACACACACACACUCCCCCCGGUUAAAAAAAAUAAUAAUAAUUUAAAUCUCAUCCCUCCGCCGGGUCUCCUUCUCCCCCUCCCCCCCCCCCCACCACCAACAAGCCGGAGCCUCUCUUUUUUUCCCCUCGUGUUAGAUAACGAAGCCUGGCUCUCUUUCCUUUUCUUUCACACUCUCUCUCUCUCUCUCUCUCUCUCUCUCUUACCAUUUUCGUACUUUCUCAAUCGCGGCCAUGACCCGCUUGAUGUCAUCCUUCGCCCGGCUCCGGGUCUCCGCUCGGACCGACCUGCCCGACAUUGCCGCGGCUUCCGGAACAGCAGAUUAUUUGGCAUGUGUCACCUUUUUUGGGGCUGAUUGAAUUCAUUGAGCAUCCGCCGUUAUUUGUUUUUAACCCUUAAAGACUGCAGCUGUCGUCAGGAUGAAUGAAGAAGAGCUGGUGGAGUACUUCAGGGCUCAGAUGAGGACGGACCCGGACAUGGCCUCCGCUGUGGCCGCCAUCCGCACUCUGCUGGAGUUCCUCAAGAGAGACAAAGGUGAGACCAUCCUGGGCCUGAGGGAGAGCCUGACGUCGGCCACCGACUGCCUGACCGGAGUGGACUCCUCGGUGGCCGUGUCCUCCGGAGGAGAGCUCUUCCUGCGCUUCAUCAGCCUCACGUCGCUGGAGCACGAGGAUCUGUCUCGCUGUAAGAAGGUGAUGGAGGAGAGGGGGGAACUGUUUCUAGAGAAGAUCUCGAUGUCCAGGACCAAAGUCGCUAAACUCUGUCACACAUUCAUCAAAGAUGGCGCCAAGAUCCUCACUCACUCGUACUCCAGAGUCGUCCUCCGCGUGCUGGAGAAGGCCGCCGCCGAGAAGAAGCGCUUCUCCGUGUACGUGACGGAGUCGCAGCCCGACUCCGCCGGGCGACAGAUGGCGGAGGCCCUGAGGAACCUCAACGUGCCAGUGACGGUGGUCCUGGAUGCAGCCGUGGGGUACGUCCUGGAGAAGGUAGACCUGGUUAUUGUUGGAGCGGAGGGAGUCGUGGAGAGCGGAGGGAUCAUCAACAAGAUCGGCACGUAUCAGACGGCCGUGUGCGCCAAAGCUCACAACAAGCCGUUCUACGUCGUGGCCGAGAGUUUCAAGUUCGUCCGCCUGUAUCCGCUCAACCAGCAGGACGUGCCCGACCGGUUCAAGUACAAAGCCGACACCCUGAAAACCGGCGCCAACCUGUCGGAGGAGCACCCGAUUAUCGACUACACGCCGCCGUCCCUCAUCACCCUCCUCUUCACAGACCUCGGGGUCCUCACGCCGUCCGCCGUCAGCGACGAGCUCAUCAAGCUUUAUUUAUAACUCAAUUAAAAACAAAAAAUAAAAAUCAAUUUCUCACAAA